CCAUUUCACUCCACCCAGGAGACGUACACUCAGACAGGACCUUCAGAGGAUCUAAGACUGCAUCUGUUGUUUUACAGAAGAGACGCUUGGAUUUCCAUUUGACCAACAAGAAUAAGCAAUAAUGCCAUCCACAUCGAAGACUCUGUAUUUCAUGUCCAGUGCACUGGCUACUGCCAUAGGUAUUGGAAUUUUGGGGUACGCCAUGUCCCAACAGUGGUCCUAUACGACCAUGAAGUGUGCCAGGUCUGAGAGUGACUUAUAUAAUGGAAGUGCGACGAUCGAUUUGGGCCUUUUUAAAGGGUUAUUAAAGAGAGAAUCCUGUCCCGGUUUUGGAAGUACAGACACAUUUGAAGUGGUUCCUACGUUGGCGGAAGGAGAAGAAGUUGCUUCUCUAAUCCUGCAUGGAUUGGUUGUGUGCCUGUUGGUCCUGUGCAUGGUGUUUUCUGCCUGCAGCAUCCUCAUCUCCCUCUACAACAGUGUCAGCAACCCAUAUGAGACCUACAUGGGCCCUGUUGGAAUCUACACCUGCAGCUCUAUCAGCGCAUGUGUGUCUGUGGUGGUCCUCAUCAUAUUCGUGCUGAACCUUAAUGUGACCAAGAUGGCAGAGGAUUUGGUUACCGGCUUCAUCCCCGGUAUUUCAGUAGUCCUGCUGAAAGAGUCUUCCGAGAUGAAACUUGGAUAUUACCUGGUCAUCCCCUACACGGCGCUGUCUCUGUUGGCCAUUGGCUUGAUCUACAUAUAUGACCAUGCGGCCUACACCCGCCGGCGAGAGCAGGAGAGGCCUACAGAGGAUGCUCCCAAGGACAUCAUAAUGUAUUAGUGUCAUGGCAACAGUAGAGUCAGUCAUUCACACUGACAAGAGUACUCAAGACUUUCUGAAGAAACUUAUUACUGUGGAAUGUAUGGCUGUGUAGCAUUUAGUAUGGAGAUUUGACCUAACAUACCUUCAUAUAGCAUGUUUUAAAUUAAUGUUGUCACAUCAUGAUCAACAGCUUAGCCAUUUUAACAGGAUUUGGGAAAAACAUUCAGACACAAAUCAGUUUUAGUUCAUGGCUUUUUAAAAUCAAAUUCACCUUCUUCUUAUUCUAUUUAUUCUGUAUAUGAGCAAUGUAACGCUUCUUGGUUUGAUAUUAUAACAUUAACAUCGAUCUAAUGAUUACGUUUCACAAUGGAGGAAAAAAAGGUCCACUGGCGUCUGCUGCCCCCUGUCGUUCACAUGAUGUAAAUGCAAAGACACGCUUCAGUGUAUGAAGUCUGUGCCUGAAAAAUGCUUCACGUGGGAAUAAAAGAUGUAUCUGUCACCAGUCACUUUAUAUAAGUGUAAUAA